ACAAGCUGGCUGUUAGACGUUAAAUUUUAAUUUGAAUAAAAUUUUAUAAUAAAAUGUUUAAUAAGACAAUGUUUAAAGGCUAUUUAUUACCAGAAAAAACGAGCGAAGAUUUAACAGAGAAAUGGCUUCUGAUGUCUUCUCCGAUACCGGUCCUGGCUAUUUUAAUUACAUAUUUAGGAUUUGUUCUUAAAAUUGGACCAGGAUUUAUGAGGAACCGGCCCCCGUAUAACUUAAAAUUAUUCCUUGUUAUAUAUAACAUAUUUCAAGUUGUUAUUUCCAUAUCAGUGUUUUAUAAGGCAGUUGAACAUCUUCUGCAAUAUGGGUUGAUAAUCCAAAACCAAUGUUUAACAGAAAAUAAAGAAUUUGAGAUAAAAACGGCGUCAAUAGUUCACUUUUAUUUCUUGUCGAAAAUAACUGAAUUGUUGGAUACUAUUUUCUUCGUGCUACGCAAGAGGGAUCGCCAGGUUUCCUUCUUGCACGUCUAUCACCACACCUUCGCCGUGUUCUUCGGCUGGUGCAGCGCCAGAUUCGAGCCUGCGUACAUCUUCAUCUUCAUCGGUGUUCUUAAUUCCUUUGUCCACAUCAUUAUGUACGCUUACUACGGACUUUCUGCUUUCCCCAAUCUAACGAAAUACUUGUGGUGGAAAAAGUAUAUAACGAAGAUGCAAUUGGUGCAGUUCUUCUUAAUGAUACUUUACUUAUUAUUAACUCCCUUAAUGUCAUCAUGUCGCUCGUCAAACCUCUUCAUCCUAACCCUUGUAAUAAAUAACUUGUUAUUCGUCUAUUUGUUUUCAAAUUUUUAUGUCAAAGAAUAUCUUAAGAGUCGACAAUCAGAAAAGAACAUUAAUAAAUCUACUCCUGGUGUAAUUAAUAGCAGUGACAUAAGCCAUUACAAAUUGAUGGACAAAAAGUUCACUUAAGGAUUUCUUUUUUUUUAACGUAAAAAAUCUUAACAAUUGUUAAAAUGCUAAAUGA